UUACAAGCAUCAAAUUUUAUCCAUCCCGCAUAAGAUACCAAUCUACUUCAACUUUAUAGGCAUUGUGUUAUCCUCAAAAUAAUUAAAUUGUUUUAAAAAAAAAAAACAAUUUCUGAGGAAGAAGUGGAAAAUAUCUUCUUGUGCUCUUGACUAAGAAAUUUGACUUGUGGAUAUACAUUCUCUAUAUUCUACCAAUAUAAAAAUGAAUGUUUUACCGCAGACUGGUUAUCCGUUUCCUCCCGGAUUUUGGCCUUUUGCGACAUGUGCCGGAAUGAAGACGAUGGACCUACCAAUCCAUCCUGCCUUCAUCCACACACCGUAUCCGACAUAUGCAAUCCCUCCAUCCGCCACGGUCUCACCAAUGAUCCACCCAGGAGUUCGAUCCAAAGCCGAUUCUUUUACGAUAGAUGCUAUUCUUAACAGAGACAAAUCAGAGAGUAUUUCAAGAAAGAUAAAAUCACCGAGUUAUCUUGACAAUGAGUGUGGAAAAGAUGUUGACAUUCAUUCAAGGCGUCACCAGAGACUAUUUGCCAAUUCACAUCCAUACCUAGCAUCCUCUGAAAAAUCCUGCUCCGACCGUACAUCAGUUAAAAGUCCCUCCGAAGUAUUUGAUGAUGAUCAAAAAGAUGACAAAAAAUUGGAAUGUAAACAGGGUUGGAAACAGGGCAAAGGAAAGAGAGUACGCACAAUCUUCACCCCUGAGCAACUGGAACGACUAGAGGCGGAAUUUGAAAAACAACAGUAUAUGGUUGGAACAGAGAGGUACUAUUUGGCUUGCUCCUUGAACUUGACCGAAGCCCAAGUGAAAGUUUGGUUCCAAAACAGGAGAAUCAAAUGGCGGAAACAGACACUGGAACAGCAGCAAGCCAAGCUUGCCCGAUUCGAUCUCUUUAAAGAUUCCCUGGAAUCGGAAUCAGGAUACAGUGAUUCAGACGAUGAUAAUUCUAACAAAGGAACCAGUUUUCCCACGUCUCCAGAUCAGCGAUGCGUAACGGCAGAAGUUCCGUCAAAUGCUUACACACCACCGUAUUAGGAACUGUUGUGUGACGUCAUUUUUCAGAUCAGUAUUAAACAAAAACGAAUGUAAGCCAAUGUCCGCUUAUGAAAGAGUGAGUGCAUUGCAAUGUGCCCUUAGUCACAUGACUGAAAAAAUAUGUUGUUUUGUGUGAUGCUUCUUAUUAGUAGUGCUUUGGAAGGUAGAAUCUGUGAGCACUUUGUUGUUGUUAAGUUUGAGUAUAAUUUGUGGAUUAUGAAUUUGUAAAUAUUCUUAAUUUAUUUAUCAAUAAUGUAUAAGAUUAGAUUUUAAUAAAAAUAU